AUGAGUGCUCCUCGUCUUGAGACGUUUCUAGAUGGCGGUGAUGUCCCCGCCCCCGAAGACGAUUCUCCGCAGGGUGAUAGUGAUGGCGGUGACCGUGAUCGCGCAGGCCGUGUUCCCGAGCAAGUCGUCCGUGACGAUCGUGCUUGGGCUGAUGAAGACAGCGCCGACCAUUCGUGGCGCGACGGACGCACCAGUCCAUGGAAUACCUGGAAUGGAGGCCAGCACAGCUGGUGGGGACAUUCCUGGCAAGAUGGCUCUUGGAGAAACGGCUACUGGGUAGCCAACUCAAGAACAUCAUGGGACUGGAACAGACAGCAGAGCCAAGGAGAUACCUGGACUACAGGUUCUACGGGGCCUGGCUCUUCCGGCAGUGAACCUGCCGCUCCAGUGCGAAGCCAACGAGACCUACCUCGCGAAGACGAUCCUCCCGAAUGCGAUGAAGACCACGAGGACGGUCGCCACCCCUCUUGGUGGAAUGAGGAUCCGCCCAAGGCAGAGCGCCGUGAGCGCCCUUCGAAGGCAAGCGUUGAUGAAAGUGUUCGCGGGCCUUCGGAAAAGAUGACAGUUCCUUCUUUUGCUGGUGUCAUCGAGGGCGAAGCCGAGGAUCUGGGAGCGAGCGCUCGCUCCUACUUGCGCCAAGUCAGCGCUUGGCAGCGGAUCACUCGUGUUCCGAAGGAGAAGCAAGGAAUCAUCCUCUACCAGAACCUUUCCGGAAGAGCAUGGAUCGAGGCAGAAGGCCUCGACGUCGAUCGGCUUGCAAGUGCCGACGGUUCCAGCUACUUUGUCGACUGGGUGAAGGACCGAUAUUUGGACGUUCAGGUGACCCAGGUCGGCCGCGCCUUGUCCGAUUUCUUCAGGCGCCUCAAGAGGCGGAAUGGCCAGGCCAUCCGCGACUACGUGGGCGAAUAUGACCGCGCUCACGCGCGGCUCCUGGAAUGCGGGUGCAAACUACCAGACAUUGCAGCUGCUUGGGUGUUCAUCGACCGGAUGUGCUUGGAGGAGGCAGCAGAAUUGAAUCUGUUAGCCUCCGUAGGCAAUGUCUACGAUCUUCGAAGACUACAACAAGCAGCUAUAGUGCAAGACCGUGCACUCCGCAAGCCCUGGGAGACUACCAAGAACGACCGUGGAAACAGGUGGUGGCUUCGCUCCAAGCCCCAAUCGGCUCUUCUUGCCGAGGUAUCUGAGGGCGAGGAGGCUUCUUCACAAUGUUCUGAACUACCUGAAGAUGACUGCGUACCAGAAGAAGUAGCCAUGAACCUCUACGACGCCUUUAUGACGCAUGAGUCUGCAAAACAUCAAUACAGAGCCUCCCUGAAGAUGAGGGGUUCAGAUCCUGAUGCUUUGAGGUCCAUAGCUGCCGAGAAGCUCGCCGCAGCGAAAGCGCGCUCCUACUGUUCCAAGUGCAAGCGAAAAGGGCAUUGGCACAAGGAUGCCAUUUGUCCCCUUAACCAGGGGACGGCAGCAGCAACUUCGACCUCCGCGACCUCGGGAUCAACCACAGCCCCUUCCUCUGCAAGCGGCGGGCCUGCAAAGACUGCUUAUCCUUGCACUCAUGUGGUGCAUGUCACCUGGGACCUGGAGACUGAUCAGGUGCCCCAAGGACUCACAGCGAUAACAGAUACUGCCUGCUCCAAGACCGUUGCAGGUCUCCCGUGGAUCGAGAAGUAUGUCAACGAAGCGCAGGCCGUGGGCUUCUCCCCGCCCUUUGUGAACUGUAACGACAAUUUCAAGUUUGGCGCUUCCAGAGUCUUCCAUGCAACGUAUGCGGCAAUCAUCUCGUUCAUGCUGGGCACCCAUGAGAUUCUUCUGAAGGUAUCGAUCGUGCAAGGAGAUGUUCCCCUUCUGCUCUCCAGGCCGGUGCUCGGGCGUUUGGGAAUGGUUCUCGAUGUGUCCUCCAACAGUGCCUCUUUUCGGCAGGUGAAUGUUUCGGACUUCCCAUUGCUGAUUACCGAAACGGGCGAUGCCGAGAUCAAGACCUAUCAGCGUUUCGAGUCAUACAUGCCUGACCUGUGCGGGAGUGCUGUGGAGAUGCCUUUCAAUCUUUACGACUAUCACAACAGGGUCUUCAUACUCAUCAUCGAGAUCUUGCACAAGAACUUGAUCAUCAGGCUCAUGGACCUCCUCUUCACCGAGAUCGUUCAUCGAUGGAACAAGUCCAAGCUCAACAUCGUGAUCACCAAGGAGAAGACCCUAUGGGACCUCAACAAAGCAGAACUUCUUCAGGAAGCCGCUUCCCGCAACCUCCCAGUGCACCCUUCGUGGAACCUGGAGGAGAUUCGCUCGAUUGUGCAGGAGGACUGCGCCAAGCAGGACGUGAUCCCUCCUGGAGCGAAAGUCCCGCCGGCCCUGGGCAAAAUGAGUUUGGACGAGCUCAAGACGGCAGUUCGGGAAGCGGGACUCGAGGUACCACUUCGAGCCACUCGCGGUCUUCUCAUGAGGAUGCUGCGCGAUUCGGUGGAAGGAGCGAGUUCGAAAGUGAUGACCUUCGGAAGGCAUCGCGGGAGCAAGUACUCCGAGACACCUCAGUCCUACAGGGACUGGGCCAUCCGCGAGACGGACGCCAAUCCCGGAGCCUCGAUGGACCUGGUGAUGUUUGCCAACUGGUGCAAGGAAGAGACAGCGAAGCUGGAUCCCAUCUCCUACCAAGACCCAGAGGCCAGUGCUUCGAUACCGUACCAGGCAGAGGAGAGCGGCUACUCCAGCUGGGAUCUGAUGAGUCGGAUGUCAGAGGCGAGGACCAAGGCCCGCGCCAAGGCAGCCGCAGCCACCCCUAUAAGGAGUUCUCCACAGAGGCGGACCCUCUCGUCGGCGGCUUCGGCGACAAGCGAGAUGAGCCAGGACAUCAACCCAGAGACCCUCGAGGAGAUCCAGCUGCUCGAGGGGAGACUUGCGGUACUACGAGAUCGGCAUGGUCUUGCCGAGGAAUUCUUUGAAUGCGACGAAGGACCCGAGCUCCAGACAGACUGCAAGGAACUGCCCGACAGCGAAAGGAACGGCAUCCAGUCGGACUACCUCAACACCCUCGGGAACGAAGGCGGUGCGCGCGAGGACUUUCACGAGGGCAUCAACCUUCAGACGAAGUACACGGACGCCCCCACGAAGGAGGACAAGGAGACCUACACGCACGCCCCCAAGAACGAGGACGGGAUCUACGGCAACUACUUCGAGGAGACCAACAUCCCCUACCAGAGCGACCCAGAGAAAGAGCCUCCGGAUCCGAGCACCGAGGUUUGCGACGACGAUGUCGGCAUCACCGAGAAUCCCACCGAUGAGUUCGCCCUCCUCGAAGGCGACAGCCCUGCUGAGGUCUACAUGAGCGAUUCCCCAACGACUACCGAAGAGGCCGAAACCUUUGCGAAGGAGCUCCUCAACAACGAGGCGUUCGACUAUGGAUCUCUACUUCUUCUCGUUCGUCUUCUACCUCUCAGCAAGAAGAAGAAGCACCGCGACAUCGCAGGCGGAAGAGGAGAAGAAAUCACUGGGAUGACAGCAGGUUUGUGGAGCCACGGAGCCUUUCAUGGGCUCACUUCUUCAAUGGCGCAGUUCCCGACGGUGAUCAAGUACAUCAACGCCUUCGCUAGGCACUUUCUUCCGGAACAGACAUGGUCUUCGUUUGUCUUAACCCGGAAUGUUCAAUGUGGACUCCAUCGCGAUUCUCACAAUGCUGUUGGUUCCCGAGUCCAUUGCACUUCUUUUGGAGGCUUUGAAGGUGGAUCUCUGUGGAUUGCUGACAAUCGUCCUCUUCCCGAUGAUCCACCAGGCCACCGACUAGCGUGGAAGGAAACCUCUUCUGGAAAAAGUCUGGCCGGAAGGUAUGUGAGCUCCAGAGAAUGUUUCUUUUCCUUCGAUCCCAAGACGCCCCACGCCACAGGAGAUUUCAGUGGCGAACGCUGGUGUAUGUCGCUGUAUACUUCAAGGUCAAUCUCCGAGACCGACCAGACGGAGACGACACGUCUCAUCGAGUACGGGUUUCCUCUCCCUCAACAAGUUCCUCCCGUACCUCAAGGCGAGUUCAUCAAGAGCAUUAAGAAGAGCAAGAAAAGGGGUCUAUGGAGACAAGCAAAGCGACUCGCCGCUCUUACGGCUUGGUGUACCACCGCUGGAUUCUCUCUGUCUCAGCAAGUGUUCCCUAUGUCAAAAGGAGCCGAUGCCGUGACAAUCUUUGAGAUCGGCGGAGAUUCCAAGACUGCCGAGUGUGGCGAUCUCGGCUUCAUUUCGGCCGAACCUCUACUCCCAGAUGAUCUCCUGAACGAUGAGUAUGUUACGGAUGCUCUUCAAGCUGCUCAGGAUUUGAAACCGGCCACCGUGUGGGUCCAUGGAGACAAAGUGAGACCUAUCUGGUCUCUACUCGACGACUUCCUCGACCAUCAGCUCUUCGCCGACAGAGCCAUUGUGAUCGAAGCCAAUGACGAUAACCCCUGUUGGGCAUCUUCUUGGGCUCAUAACAUCUGUGCCAAUGCAACCUACGACCAGACCGAAGACAAUGGGACCAGAAUAGUCAAGGCGAACUACAUCGACAACAAGCAGGUUCCCGGAAUCGACCAGAACCACUCUCGCACUUUUGCCGCUUAUGUGACUUCAUCUACUACUACAAAACCUACGGCAAAAGGGACAGCCGAGGCCGACGAGCGCGGAAGCAACGCUAUCGACUUCGACCCCGGGCCAGAGAUCAAAGGAGAUGUUCAGUCUUCCCUGAAAAGACUGCAUCAAAACCUGGGCCACCCUUCGCGCAACGACAUGGCUCGCCAUCUUCGACUUGCUGGCGCAGGACCAGAAGUUGUAGCCGCAGCUAAACGACUCCGAUGCCAGGUGUGUCAGAGAAACGUCCGAAACAAUUCUUCCAGGCCCUCCUCUGCGCCUACACUCCUUGAUUUCAACCAGGUUGUGGCAGUGGACGCUUUUUCAGCCUACGACUCCCAGCAGAAGCGUCACGACUUCCUCGCGGCCCUCGAUAUCGGGACUGGCUUCUGCAUGGUAGAACUAUUACAAGGGCACAGCACAGAAGCUAUGGAGAAGACCUUUGCUUGCAUGUGGGCUCAUGUGUUCGGAGCGCCAGGAACUCUGGCAGUGGAUCUGGAAUCCGGGCUUCAAUCAGGACUUUCGAGGUUCGCAGAAUGGCAUGGGAGCCGGAUCCGCCCCAUCGCGGGGCAAGCGCACUGGCAACAAGGAGCAGUGGAAAGGCUCAAUCGGCUGUGGAAAGAAGUCUGGAACAGGAUCGUGGACGAGAAGUCUGUUGUUGCCCAGGACGUCCCAAUGGCCGUUACAGCCGUGAACUCCGCCCUGAACACUCUACGUCGAGAAUCAGGCUUCAGUCCAUGUCAAGCUGUGAUGGGCCGAGAUCCUCGGCUUCCCGAAGAUCUACAAGGAGGCCCGCACGACGAGCACGUUGAGGAGGUGAUCACACGAGACCGGCAGAGAGCCCGAGAGCAUGCUCUGCGGAUCGCUGCGAAGGAGGCAUACUUCAAAUGCCAGUCCGACUCCAAAGUACGGAGAGCUCUUCUUCAUCGGUCCCGUGUAGCCGGGCCCGAACUGUCAGCAGGAGACCACGUGUAUUUCUACCGCAAGCCUAAGAAUAAGAAGCAUUGGUUGUGGUUCGGUCCGGCGGUGGUGAUUGGACAUGAAGGCCCCAAUCUCUGGUUGAGCUACUCCGGGAGGUGCUAUCUCACGGCCCCAGAGCAUAUCAGGAGAGCUACAGCGGAAGAGAUAGGUACGGCUUUUACAAUGCGGGCUACGGAAGACGACUUGAACCGCCUUCUGGAAGUCGACUACGAGGACCCUGAGGCCCUGGACAUCGAUGAAGAAGGAGACGUGACCCUGGACUCCCAAGAGAAUCCAGCCGAUCUUCGAGGGCAAGUCAGGGCCCCUUCAUCUGCAGCCGCGGCCGCCGCUCCGGUGACCAAGCGCCACCGGACAAAAGGUCCACAGUCCGAUUCCGCCGAACCCCUCGGCGACACUCCUAUGGCAGCCGAAGAAGAUAUGGUCCACAGCGCUAACAUGGUAAAGCUCCCCAAGACAGCCCGUGGGAAAGAGAAGGCCCUAGAGAAAGAGAUCCCUUGGCAGGCCAUUCCCGAGGACCAGAAGGAAGCCUUUGUCAGCGCUGAAAAGAAGCAAUGGUCGGAACAUGUCAAGUACCACGCACUCGAACCUCUCAGCAUUGAACAAAGUCGCCAGGUCCUACGCGACAAGCCAGAACGAGUUCUACCCAGCAGGUUCGCCUACAAGGACAAAGCUUGGAGCAAAAGGAAACUCGACAGCAACUGCCCCUGGCGACCCAAGGCACGGCUAGUGAUCGGAGGACAUCGUGAUCCUGAUCUAGACAAGGGACUCCCGUCCGAUGCGCCUACAAUUUCUCGUCAAGGAGUGCUGCUGUUGUUGCAAGUGCUCGCCAGCAACUUGUGCAAUGGCUGGCAAGGUUUCGCUGGCGAUAUCACAGCGGCCUUUUUGAGUGGCCGGGAUCUACAACGAGAACUAUACCUUCGUCAACCAAAGUCCGGACUGGGAGAACUGCACCCAGAACAGUUGAUCAAGAUUCGCAAACCAGUCUUUGGAUUAGUCGAUUCCCCAGCAACCUGGUGGUCUACCUUGCAAGAGACCCUGAAGUCCCUCGUCUUCACCGACGACGAUGGAGUGAGGUGGAGAGUUUGUCAAUGUCCGCUCGAUCACUGCAUUUUCACAGUGCAGGAGGUGAAGGUCACGAAUGGAGAAGAAAUUCUUGGCCCUCCUCAGGCCUACCUCGGAGUGCAUGUGGACGAUAUCCUGAUGGUGGGCAAUACCAAACUUUGUCGGUUGGUCCAGCAAAAGUUGGGAGAACAUUUUCCCAUCGAAGAAUGGGAAACCGGCUCCUUCGAGUACGUGGGAUCCUUUGUGGAGGUCGGCAACGAUUCAGUUAAGAUCUCCCAGUCGAGCUAUGUGGGUUCCAGACUUUUCGAAGUUGAAGUUCUUCCGCACCAAAGGGACUUCGACCCCGCCACGGAGACCCAGCUCCACGACAACCAGUCCCUGGUGGGAGCUCUUUCGUGGCUUGCCAGCCAAAGCCGGCCCGACCUACAGGCUUCCGUUUCAAUGUGUCAGCAGUGCCAACGGUCCCCAUUGGUCCAGGACAUCCGCUUCAGCAACCAGGUGGCUAAGCGCGCGAUGGAGCACCGCGACGAAGGGAUUGUUCUUCAUGCUGUACCUCUUCAGCGAGCAGUGCUUUUGUGCUACCACGACGCUGGAUGGGCGAAUGUUCCGCAGGACGAGGGCGACCCCGUCUACAAGUUGAACGACUACGAGAACGAGGCCGGGCUCAUCAAGGAAGUUCUUGGAGACACUUCUGACAGGGCGCCUAGCCAAUGA